AUGCUCGCCGCCACUUUCCGCACCGCGCGCGCCUCAGGCGCAUCCGCCGCCCUCUCUACGCGUGCCUUCUCCUCCACCGUCCUCGCGUCAUCGGCGUCCAUGUCCAUCAGCGGCCGCCUCGGCGCUGCUCCUGAGGAGCAGUCGACCGCUUCUACCUCGAUCGUGAAGUACCUGGUUGCGACUAGCUAUGGCAAGACUGAGAAUAGGAAAACGAGCUGGUUCAGGGUUUCGGCGUUCACGGAUGGGGCGCAGAAGGAGUUUCUGUUGAGUUUGCCUAAGGGUGCCCUCGUCCAUGUGAACGCCGAUGCGCGCAUGGAGCAGUAUACCGAUAAGGACGGCAAUCCGAGGACCUCCCUCAACCUCGUUCAAAGGUCGAUCGAUGUCCUCAGCAGGCCCAGGCCCCAGAUCGAGGAGAACGAGGAAGGCUUGGUCCGGGAAGCCAGCGGAUAG